AUGACUGAGCAGAUAGAAACUGAAUCUAUGGAGCUGUCGGCUGUUGCUCAUAUCAAGGCAACCAAGAACGAUACAUUUGUUCAUAUCACGGAUAUGACUGGAUCUGAAACGAUUGCAAAGAUAACUGGUGGGAUGAGGGUCAAGGCACAGCGGGAUGAGGGAUCACCGUAUGCAGCCAUGCUUGCAGCACAGGAUGUUGCAGAAAAGAUACUUGGGCGUGGGGUCAAGAUACUUCAUUUCAAGCUUCGGGGGGCUGGAGGAGUUAAGCCUAUGGCUCUUGGGCCUGGUGCACAAACAGCCAUCAGGACCUUGAUACGUGCCGGCCUUAAGGUUGGACGAAUUGAAGAUGUUACACCGGUUGCAAGAGACCGUGUCAGGAAGCGUGGAGGGCACAGAGGAAGAAGAGUUUGA